CGGAAUGAGGUAGGCGGGCCCCGAGGCAUCCAAUGAUCAGUGGCUCAUGGAGGAAGAGGACGGUACGCCGGAAAAGGAUUGUCCAAUGAAAACCACUAGCGCCAGACACCAGGACAGCGCUGGGGCAGAAGGAAAGAUGGAGAAUUUCACGGCGCUGUUCGGAGCUCAGGCUGACCCACCCCCGCCCCCAACCGCACUCGGCUUCGGACCAGGAAAACCUCCACCCCCGCCUCCUCCUCCUCCAGGCGGGGGGCCCGGCCCGGCUCCGCCCCCGACCGCGGCCACGGCCCCGCCCGGUGCUGACAAGUCAGCAGCUGGUUGCGGUCCCUUCUACCUAAUGCGGGAACUGCCAGGCAGCACGGAGCUGACUGGCAGCACCAACCUGAUCACACACUACAACCUCGAACAUGCCUAUAAUAAAUUCUGUGGGAAGAAAGUGAAGGAGAAGCUGAGUAACUUCCUGCCUGACCUGCCUGGAAUGAUUGAUCUGCCAGGUUCCCAUGAUAACAGCAGCCUUCGCUCCCUCAUUGAGAAGCCCCCUAUUCUUGGGGGCUCUUUUAAUCCUAUCACAGGGACCAUGCUGGCUGGAUUCCGCCUCCACACUGGCCCAUUGCCAGAGCAAUGUCGUCUGAUGCAUAUUCAGCCUCCCAAGAAAAAGAAUAAGCACAAGCACAAACAGAGCCGUACCCAGGAUCCUGUUCCCCCAGAAACGCCAUCUGACUCAGAUCACAAGAAAAAGAAAAAGAAAAAAGAAGAGGAUCCUGAACGGAAAAGGAAGAAGAAAGAGAAGAAGAAAAAGAAGAACCGACACAGUCCAGACCACCCAGGUAUUGCCAGUUCUCAGGCCAGCAGCAGCAGCAGCCUCCGCUAACAAGACAACUGGAUUCUGCCAUAAUGACUUUCCCUGCUGUACUGAACCUGCUGUCAAAAGCUGCCUUCCUGGCUCUUGGACACUGCCUUAGGAGCAUCUCCAGUGGCUGGAUUAGAAGCAGUCCUACUGUGCUCAUAAGAGGAAUGCAUUAUGAGAGAGAAGGGCCAUGCUUUUGUAAGGCUCAGACCAGCUUUCUCAUGGACAUCUCUUCCUCUCCCAAGGAAGCUUUCUUUUCAUCUCUUUUGUGCAGUUGUCUGAUUUAGGACCUUAUCUGAUUUGUUAGGCUUUUUCUUUAAAAAAAAAAAAAAUUGCAUUUAUCAAACUGGCUGAAGUAUGACUGCCUAUUAAGAGGUAAGUGCCUUUCUGUGAGAGUCAGUUGAAGCCACGGCAUGCUAAGAUCUGGGGGGAUUUGGGCCUUGUAUUAUAUUAUCAGUAGGCAGGGAACCAACCAAAAUGAAAUUGGGGAACAUGGUCCAAAAGUUAGGAAGAGUUUGUUAGUACCUUUCCACAGACAAAUAGCACCUUGCCCAUAGCAAGGUGCUUCAUACUCCAUCUGAAGAGUUGAUCCAGUUAGGGCUUGACUGUAUUCUAGGUCAAUUUUGUGUUGAAACAGAAUAGCCAACCAAAAAAGCACCUACAGUCAAUCACCACUGUACUUCAACAAGUUGAUUCUUGGUCAAGCCCAUGAUUUUUUUGAAGUGAAUAUCUGGCAAGCAAAGGUAAAUGCUUCUCUUAUCUUUAUACUAGUAGUAAGAACUUUGGAACUGCCUCAUUCCUUAGUUAAGACAAAGUAUUUGGCUGAUGUGAAAACAUUUCUAAGCUUCUAAGACAUCAACAAAAGGCAGCCUAAACUAACAAAAUGUAAAGUUAAGUCCCUUUGGUCUUUGCAGGCCAAAUAACUGAAAAAAAUCUGAGAAAACCCAGGCUAAUGUAAUCAGACUAGAAGUUAAAUUGGCAGAACAGUUAAAAUAUAUUGCUACCAGCCUCUAGAUUAUAGAGGGAAAACCACUCAUUCAUUUAGCUCUAAUUUUACAGUAGGAUUUCAGAGUUCAUAUACUUGUUAUAAAUAGUGAAAACAAAGGGUUCUAGCCAGUUUCCUGAGAUUAAGUGUCCAAGGGUGCCUAUUAAAAUUAGGGCACAGCCUUUUGCUUUUGCAAAUAGAAGACAAAAAUAGGAGAUAUCAAAUUGAACUGCCACCCAUAUAUACAGUUGGCCUUUAAGAGGGCUUUCAUAUUUUGAUCAUUCAGUCUUCCCUUUGGCUACAUCCAAAAUGAACUUUACUUUUCAGAGACAAUUCUGUAUUAAGAAACAAGUGUGGCACAAGUCAAGAGUUCUCUAAGCUUC